AAUCUUAAUUCCUAAAAAGGCAACUUUUUUUUUUUUUAGAAAAACAAAUUAAUACCCUUUUCUUUCUCUGCAGUUUCAAUUCCACCUUCAAUCAAAACCCCUCUCUCUCUUAUCUCUCUCUUCCAUUACCUUCCUUCACUCUUACGUCUAUCGCUUUCACCUCUCUCUCUCUCUCUCUCUCUUCGAUUUUGAUUUUGGGUUUAUUUUUUCCCCCUUUUCAAUUUUGUUCAUGGUGUUGAGCGUGUCACGGUAAUUGGCGGGAAGUAACCGUCAAUUCCGAUAACCCUUUGGUGAAAAGCUUGAAACUUGAGGAGUUUGAAGAAAAGGGGGUUUAUCGUUUCGUCGUGGAUGAUGGCGAACCCAUCUGGCAACCAUCAAGAGCACACGCACGUGGUGUCGUCUUCUGCUCCGGAGACUUCAGGUGCGGCUCUCGCGAUGAAGCACAAUCCUGGCAUAUCCCUCGAUUGGACCGCAGAAGAACAAGCCAUUCUCGAAGAUGGACUCUCCAAGUAUGCCUCAGAAUCCAACAUAGUACGCUAUGCAAAGAUAGCCCUACAGCUACAGCAAAAAACGGUUCGUGAUGUAGCACUGCGAGUCAGGUGGAUGAAUAAGAAAGAAAAUAGCAAGAGAAGGAAGGAUGAUCAUAAUUUAACUCGGAAAAGUAAAGAUAAAAAGGAAAGGGUUUCUGAUCCCGCAGUAAAGUCAUCUAACUUCGUUGCUCGGUCCAAUGUCUCCCCAUAUGCUCCACCAAUGAUUGCAAUGGACAAUGAUGAUGGCAUCUCUUAUACAGCAAUUGGAGGUCCCACCGGUGACCUAUUAGAGCAAAAUGCACAGGCCUUGAAUCAAAUCUCCACAAAUCUUUCUGCUUUCCAGGUACAGGAGAACAUCAAUCUUUUCUGCCAAACUAGAGAUAACAUCCUUAAAAUUAUGAACGAGUUGAAUGACUCGCCAGAGGUGAUGAAGCAAAUGCCACCUCUUCCUGUGAAGGUGAAUGAAGAGCUAGCCAAUUCCAUACUCCCAAGAACAAAUCUUCCACCACAAUCAUGAAUUCAUGAUAAACAUUCAUACUUAACCAGGCUUGCCUCUUGAAUAUUUCUGCCUGCACCUCUGAUCAGGAGAAUAACUGCCAAAUGCCAAUCAAGUUGACCCCAAGAUUUACUUUUGGAAAAAAAGAAAGAAUGAAUAAUUGUUGAUAAUCAUCAAGUUGAAUUAGUUUCAAUAAUUUUAUUUUAUUUUAUUUUUCUAAUGUUGGUUUUCCUGCUUUUGUUUCUCUUGUUGGCCUAACUUAGCUGUACUAUAGGAAUUAUUUAGUAUUCUUGGUAUUAAUUGAGUUAAAUUUAGGCAAUUAGGUCAAUAAGUUGUGGUAUAAUUUUAUUUAUUGUCUGUUAUUUUCGUUGCUACAUUUCAUUAUGCAUAUUUUAUUAGAUUCUUGUUAAUAAUGGUCUUUA